AUGGUUUAUGUGCUCGGCGACGACUUCAUCCCCGAGUUUCGUUUAUGGCCUUCGAAUUACCAUAAUGUGAUACCCGUUGCCGUAAUGGGCAUUGUUUCCGCACUUUACGACUCAAGUUCGCAGCGAGAUGAACAGCUGGCGUGCUGGCGACUAAUGUUACGUCUGUGUCGCAGGGUACUGAAGCGGAAUCGAAUCACACACAUCGAGGACCGCGCCUUCGUCAACACGCCCUCCAUACGUGUCCUACGGCUAGAAGAAAACCUGCUGACCGUGGUGCCAGUGGCCGUGCAGCACCUCCCACUGCUGGAAGACCUGUCUGUGGCGAGCAACCGUGUGGAGUCUGUGGAGGAGGGCACGCUGCAGCCGUGCAGGCGACUGGCGCGGCUCGAGCUGCGCGCCAACCCGCUGUCCAGGCUCCACCACCGCGCCCUCGAGCACCUCCCCUACCUCACUACCCUCGUGCUGUCGGAGUCCCGCAGUCUGCGCGAGCUGCCGUCUCUCAACGGGUCGUGGCGCGUGCGCACGCUGCGUGCCGACCGCGCUCGCCUCACACACCUACCCCACGAUCUCUGCAACCACGUGCCGCAGCUGCGCGCCCUGGACCUGAAGGCGAACCAGCUGGAGCACGUGCCCGACCUGCACAACUGCACAGAACUGAGAGUACUGGAGCUAUCAGACAAUGCAGUGAGGACGCUCGGCGGCGGCGCGCUGCGCGGGCUGUCGCGGCUGCACGACCUGCUGCUGCCCAGGAACAGGCUACGGCGCCUGCCCCGGGAUGCCUUCCUGCACACGCCGCGGCUGCAGCUGCUGAACCUUGAAGAGAAUCAAAUAGAACACAUCGAUAUGGAGGCAUUCGUGCCGAUCUCCAGACUGGAGGACUUGAACGUGGGCAACAACGUGUUCCCGUGGCUGCCGGCCAGCGGGCUGCAGCGGCUGCUGCACCUCAAGGCCCACAACAACCCCAACCUGAGGCACUUCCACCCCCCGGAGCUGUUCCCCAACAUACAGACGUUGGUGCUGUCGUACGCGUACCACUGCUGCGAGUUCAUGCCGCUGAUGCAGGAGAGCGGCGAGCUUCCCGAGGAGGAGGGCCUCAGCGACUUCGUGCUGGUGCCGCCGCACCAUGUGGACCUCGCCGCCUGGGCCAACGUCACCGACAUCUGGCCGCACUACAUGAACGCAAGCGACGCGCGAGUCCGCGCGGCGUUGGCGAGCUUGGCUGCGAGCGGCGGAGCGGCGUGGGGAGUGGGGGGCGCGGGGGGUGCGGGGGGCACGCGCGGCGCCGGCGACGUGCGCGCCUCCGAGCUGCGCGGGGAAAUCCCGCGCCGCGUGCAGUGCAUGCCGCUACCCGGUCCUUUUCUGCCGUGCGUCGAUUUAUUCGACUGGUGGACUCUGCGGUGCGGUGUGUGGGCGGUGUUCCUGCUGGCGCUGCUCGGUAACGGCACUGUGGUGUUCGUGCUGGUGUGCAGCCGCAGCCGCAUCGACGUGCCACGCUUCCUCGUCACUAAUCUCGCCGCCGCGGACUUCUUUAUGGGGAUAUACCUCGGUUUCUUGGCAGUGGUCGAUGCCGGCACGCUGGGCGAAUUUAGAACGCACGCUAUCACAUGGCAAAUGUCAGGAGGCUGCCGCUUGGCUGGCUUUCUGGGCGUGCUGUCGUCUGAACUAUCGGUGUACACGCUCGCCGUGAUCACGCUCGAACGCAACUACGCCAUCACGCACGCGAUGCAUCUCAACAAACGACUGUCGCUGCGACACGCGGCCGUCGUCAUGGCCGUCGGCUGGGCGUUCUCGCUGGUCGCCGCCGCGCUGCCUCUGUUCGGCGUCUCCGAUUAUCGCAAGUUCGCCGUGUGUCUGCCCUUCGAGACCAGUACGCCCGCGUCGCUGGGCUACGUCGUGGCGUUGCUCGUGAUCAACGGCGUCGCCUUCCUCGUCCUGCUGGGUUGUUAUCUCAAGAUGUAUUGCGCCAUUCGGGGCUCGCAGGCCUGGAACUCCAACGAUUCGCGGAUCGCCAAGCGGAUGGCGCUGCUCGUGUUCACCGACUUCCUGUGCUGGUCGCCGAUCGCCUUCUUCGCGCUCACGGCCGCCUUCGGCGCGCAACUGGUCUCCCUCGAGGAGGCGAAGGUGUUCACCGUCUUCGUGCUGCCGCUCAACUCGUGCUGCAACCCGUUCCUGUACGCGAUCCUCACGAAGCAAUUCAAGAAGGACUGCGCGCUCGUGUGCAAGGCCAUCGAGGAGUCGCGGGUGACGCGCGGCAUCGGGCGCUGCCGGCACUCGUCCAACUUCAGCAACCGGCAGACGCCCGCCAACACCAACAGCCUGGCGGAGCGGUCGUCGCGCGGGCAGCACGGCGCGGCGUGCGCGUGCCGGCGGCUGCUGCCCGGCGCGGGCCCGGCGCCGGCGCCGCGCCGCUCGCUGCUGCGCUGGCUGCGCGCGUGCCGCCGCGCCGCGCCCGCGCCCGCGCCCGCGCCGCGCCCGCCCGCCGCCGCGCCGGCGCGCGCCGGCUCCGUGUCCUCGUCCGUCGAGUUCUCGUCGUCGCGCUCCGACUCGUGGCGCGCGUACGGCCGCGCGCCGGCGCCGCCGCGCCGCGCCGCCUCCUGGCUGGUCGCGCGCAAGACGUCGCAGGACUCGAACCUGUCCUCGUCGCGCAACGACUCGUCGGGCUCGAACGCGACGGCGUCGACGGGCACGUGGCGCACGUCCCGGUCGGGCGGCAGCGCGGGGGGCGCGGCCAGGCCCCGCCUCACGCGGCAGCCGGCCGUGUCGGCGGAGGAGCCGCCCGGGUCGCCGGCCGCGCUGGCGCCGCGCCUGCUGCACACCAUCCCGUCGGCCGCCGAGCCCGACCUCCCGCCGGACGACGCCGCGCCGCGCUGACCGCGCCCGACCCCGCCCUCUGCCCGUUUCGAAGACUGAAUCCCCGAUGUCCGUCGUCGAAUUUGACGUUCGACGACGUCCCACCUCCGUAAGACGAGUCGAGUCUGAGAGUCGGCCUCGCCCCGCUCGCCGCCGCCCCGGAGUGUCUUAUGUAGCCGUCCAUUAGCCCCGCCCCGC